GUAACGAGUCGGAAAACUUGUUCGGAUCCGCGUGCCUGGGUUUCUGGGUGACUUGUGAAUUGUGUGCUCGUGCUUUUCAAAAUGUGACAAGUCGCCGCUUGAUGUAUUGAAGCUGUGCGUGGAAAAUGGAGCAGAGCAACCUGCAGAGACUCUUCUGCGCCUGUGACGUCAACCAGUCCGGGAAAAUCGAGUUGGACGACUUCACGGUGGUGUGCCGGGAGCUCAACGUGGCCGACGCCGAGGUGCAGACGUUGUUUGGCAACUUCGACACGGACGACGAAAGCUGCAUCGACUUCGGCAGCUUUGCGUCCAGGUUUCACGAGGUGUUCCAGGCGCAGAGCGUGACGGCCUCGCCGCCGGGGAUGGACUUCGCGGUCGGGUUCGAUGCGGAAUGUGCUCUGUCGGAAAGAGCGGAGGACAUGAACGGCAGCCGGCUGUUGGAACUCGAGGAUGGCGCACAGGAGCAACUCGCGGGCACGGAGGAAAGAGCCAGGGCUGAGGAGCGCAAAAAAAUGGAAGAAGUCCUGCGCAACGUGCAGAGGAAACACGAGAACCAGAUUGCCGACCUGCGAGCUACGGCGGAGCGACUGUUACAGAGUCGACCAGAGUCUCGCUCGGCCCCCUCCUCCGAGGAGGAACCGGAAGUCAGCAGACGCGUGGGCCAACUUUCCCAGGAGAACAAAACGCUGCGCUCGUCGCUGCUGCGGGCCCAGAGCGACAUGGGUGCGCUGCGCUCCGAGCUGGACGAGCUCAAGAAGAUGUACGCCGACCAACGGGCUCAGUACCAACGAGAAACAAACGAAUUAAAGAAGAUGGUGAUCGAGUACGAGUCUUACGCAAGUCAAGUCCAGAUUCUCCAGGACUUGAACAAGCAGUUGUCCGACAGCAACGCCAGCCUGCGCUCCGAGUUGGCGUCCGAAGCCAAACGCAAGCUCCCUGCCAAGAAUGAAGCGACUGCUCGGCGGACCAAGCCCAUCAGGCAGAGCACCCUCAAACACCGCAGCUUAGAGUCCAGCAUGUCCACCCUGUCCAACGUGUCCCUGUGGGCCGACAAGUACCUGGACAGUGGCGUCUCGCUGGCCCCGGACACCACUGAGAGCUCAGCCAGCGACCUGGACCAGGACUUGGACACGGACGACGGCCGAGGCUCCACCGAGACCAUCCACCGCAGCUACUCUUGCGCCCACUCCGACCCCGAGCUGUUGGACGGCAAGUCCGAGGCGGGGCUGUCUUUGGCGCAGAGCUUCGGUUCGAUGUCGUCCAUGCGAAAGCAGCUGUCUGCCUUCGCCAAAGAGAAGGCCGACCCGGACGAGCCUGACGGCGCCUUGCCCAUGUACCAUCUGGUCUUGGCGGGAGACACCGGAGCAGGCAAGUCCAGCUUCCUGAUGCGGCUGGCGCUCAACCAGUUCAGAGCGGACAUGCAGACCACGCUGGGGGUGGAUUUCCAGAUCAAGAAGAUGCUGGUGGACGGACAGAAGACUAACCUGCAGAUAUGGGACACGGCCGGACAGGAAAGAUUCCGUAGUAUCGCUAGGUCGUACUUCCGCAAAGCCAACGGAGUUCUUCUCUUCUACGACGUGACUUCUGAGAGCAGCUUCCUCAACAUCCGCGACUGGCUGGAUCAGAUUCAGGAUGCCGCGGAGGACAAAGUCCCGGUUUGCAUUAUUGGCAACAAGGUGGACAUGAGGGAGCAGUUGCCCGCCAAACGCUGCGUCAGCACGCUGGAAGGAGAGAAGUUGGCUACGGCGUACGGCGCCUUGUUCUUCGAAACCAGCGCGAAAGAUGGAACCAACGUGGUGGAAGCGGUGCUCCAUCUGGCCAGAGAAGUGAAAAAGAACGUGAAAGCGGUGAAAGCCAUGCCCAAGACGUCUCCGGUGGACCUCUUGGCCACAAACGCCAAGAAGACUUUUGGCACAUGCUGCCGCCUAUAGUAGAUGCACGUUUGGGAUCAAAUCAUCAGAAAUUUUUGGAAUGAACUAUGUAUUUAUGUAGAAUUCUUGCUCCUGAAGGUCAUUUUAUUCUCAUAAUUUUUUUUUAAAUGGGAUAUUAACCUCACUUAAAUCCAAAUAAAGUUUUCUCUAUUGCAUGCUAAAAACACUUGUA